AUGAAUUUAGUUAUUUUAAAAAAGAAUAUUGUGGAUUAAAAGAUAAUCAAUAUAUUAAAGAAAUUAUAAAAAAAGAUAGAGUAAUAAUAAAACUUUUAGAUCUAGUAUAAAAAUUACACUCAUCCUAAAAAUUUAAAUGAAAUUGGGAAUGGAUUGUAUGAUGGAAGUGGAAAAUAAGCAUCUUUCAAAGUUUCACAAAAAUAAGGAUUUUUGUAAAUGCAAUAGAAAACACUCUUUGGAUUUUAGGAUUGGGUUGAAUUCUUUGCAUUAAUGACAGAUGUGGGACUAUUAUUAUUUAAAUCAGCUGGAGAUAUGCAUCCAAUCCUAUUUGUCCCAUGUGCAGAUGCAAUUAUAAUUAAAAAUCCUUUGAAAUGUAAACCAAAUUGUCUUAAGAUCAAAUAUAGAGAUUAUGAAUACAUUUUUAAUGUAACUUCAUAAGCAUUGUUAGAAGAAUGGUAUUAAGAAUUAAAUAGAUAAGUAAUUAGUUAACAUAAAUUCCAACUAUCUUAAUCAUUAAGGAAUAUUUGAGUUAUAAUUUAUAAAUUAUGUAUUAUAAAAUAUUUCACUCUAGUUUAGGUUCAGAAAUUGGAUAAUCAUAUUCCUGUUGCAAUUUAAAUCUUAAACUUAAGAAUUAUCUUUGAGACUAGUCUUGGCUAUUUUACUCCCAUUUUGUUUAUNAAAGAAAUUGAAACCUCAAUGAAAAUUCUAUUAUAAUUAGAAGAAUAUACUGAAUAAGAAAAUAUUAUGUAAAUUGCAAAAUUAUUAAUAACUUAAUCAGAAGUAAUAAAAGAAUAAUAGAUUAAUAUUGAUGAAGUAGAAAUAUUAUGUAAAGAUUUACAAGAACAAAUUGAUAAUCUAUGCAUUCAUAAAUAGUAAUUAAUAAAUGAGAAUCAGAAAUAUAGUUCAUAAAUAUAUGAGUUAUAAAAAAAUUAUAAUUCCAUAAAGAAGUAGCUUGAUUCUGAAGAAUACCAUAAUCAACAACUUUCCUAAUUGGAAUCUCACAUAAAAACGUUAUAAUUGGAGUUAUAUUUCUUAAAUAAUUAUAAUACUUAUCUAAUUUCCGAGAAUAAGAGACUAAAUGAAAAUAAUUAGUAGUUAUUAUUAAUUAUUGAUGAUCAUGAAAAAUGA